GUCAACUUUGGCUUGUCAUUCUCAAUUCUGUAUUGUUAAAUUGUGCUUAUCAUCAACCACAGCCAGUUCAUUUAAAAGUAAAACUUUGAAGACGUCCACACUAGUGAAUUCGAAAUGAUGAGUUUAAAUGAAAAUUUCCCUGAAUAUGCUUUACCUGGAGCAAAAAAGGUGCACUUCGAACCAUAUGCAGACAACGGUGGUAGCGUUGUAGCCAUCGCCGGUGAGGAUUAUGCUGUAAUUGGAGCUGAUACACGACUCAGUACUGGAUUUUCGAUCUACACAAGAGAACAAAAGAAGCUUUUUAAGCUCUCUGAUAAAACCGUACUCGGUGCUACGGGUUGUUGGUGCGAUACUCUCACCCUCACGAGACUCCUUCAAGCGCGUAUGCAGAUGUAUGAGCAUGAACACAACAAAGCAAUGACAACGCCUGCCGUCGCACAAAUGCUGUCAACAAUGUUGUAUUACAAACGUUUCUUCCCAUAUUAUGUCUCCAAUGUCUUAGCUGGCAUUGAUGGUGAAGGAAAAGGCUGUGUGUACAGUUAUGAUCCAAUUGGACACUGCGAGCGGUCUAACUACCGAGCGGGAGGCUCUGCAGGGGCACAGCUACAACCUCUGUUGGAUAACCAAAUUGGACUAAAAAAUAUGCAAAAUGUUACUGAAGCUCCAUUGCCCCGAGAGAAAGCUUUAGCACUCCUGAAGGAUGUAUUUAUAAGUGCUGCUGAGAGAGAUAUCUAUACUGGUGAUUGUAUCUACAUUCUCAUCAUUACUGCAAAUGGCAUUCAGGAGGAGAAAUUUGAGCUUCGUAAAGAUUAAAUUGUAUACUUGUAAUAAAGUUGUAUUUCAUAA